UUUUUUGCAUUUUUUGCUGUGAAAAAGUAUCCUGCGCUGCAAUUCCUAGAAUAAUUUAUUGAAAAAUGUCUGUUUUUCAUACGGACUUGGAGUUUGAUAGUAAAUUAAUUGAAUUGGUGAGAGCAAAUCCAAUACUUUACGAGAAGGAUUUAAGAACUACGCCGUACAUGGACAUGAAAAAGAAAUUCGAGCUGUGGAGUCACAUAUCAACGACCUUGAAUCGCGAUACAAAAUUUUGCAUUUUGAGAUGGAAAAGUUUGCGCGCAAAAUAUCGGCGGGAAAUGGUUAAAUUGGGCAAAGAAUCGGACUGGGUUCUAUUUGAAGAUAUGAAAUUUAUUGAAAGGCACAUAAGAUACCAGUCAACUCAACGUAAUCUAAAAAGUCCCGAACAUCAAACAGUUCCGGUCAAUUAUAGUAACAUGGAUGCAGAACAACUUAUUGAAGAAAUUUUAGAUGAUGAUCCCCUGCAAGAGGCAAUGGAUGAACAAAAUAGCACCUUCAUGCCAUUUAGAGAUAAAACAUUGCAGCCUUCCCCGCCUACUAUUGAUGCUAAUAAAGCCAGCUCGAGUAACAGUAGCACCACGCAAUACAGUGGGACUAUGAAACGAAUUGAAGCGUUGCUAGAGGGUUUAGGUGACAAUAAUCGAUCGAAAGCGGAAAAACGUAUUGUGGCCUACUUGUGCAAAUGCCAAUUAAAAUCUCUGAAUAACGAAGAUGUAAAUGAUAUCGAUAUAUAAACUAUAUGUGCAAAAGUGCAAUAGUUAAUGUAAAUAAGCAAAGUUUAAGGUAAACUACUUUUAAAAGCACAUAAUAAUUAUGCAAUUUGUAUUUCGUAAUAUCGUAAUAUAGAAAAUAUAAAAUAUUAAUUUCGACUUUUAAGCAAUAAAACAUAAAUAGAUUAAACCAAAAAA